CAUGAUUUGGAGCAUGUCUCUCUCCAAAUUUAUCUCAAGUAGUACCCACCUCAUCAGGCUUCCUUUAGCUCCUCAGAAAUUAUAAGCUCUUUUCUAUUUUGGAGACUCUACACAUGGUGUAUCCUCUGCCUGAUAUCUCUUCACCUCUCUUCAUUUGGAUAAUUUAUGCUUAUCUUUCAAAUUGAGCUUAAAAUUCACUCUCUCAGAGAUUUUCCUUAAUUACCAAUCUAUGUGAGAAUUACUGUCUAUUCUUUCCCUUUGUGAUACAUUUUACAAUUUGUAAUUACACCCAUUUUUAAAUGUUCCUCACAAGAGUGUGACUGGUAUCCCACUGUGCUUGGGAACUAUCAUAGUGCCUGGCACACAAUAGGGGUGAGAGGGGAGGUAAGAUACCUAGUCUUGACUCUCCCCUUAUUUCUUCCCAAGGGAGGGGGAGGAAUAUAAUCAAAUUGGAGAAUAAGCGGGAAUAAAUUUCUCUCUUUUGGGGGGAAAGACAAUGACAUUACUUGGCUUGUUCUCUUCCCCUGUCCCACUAGCCCUUCUUUGUGGGAAGUACUGACUUGGCCCUGCAUUGCCUUGAUUGCAAAGAUAAUUAUAUCCAUUUGGGGGUUGGUAUUAGGGAUCCCAUUGUCCGCUGACUUAUAAGCUACAUUCUUCAGUUUUUGCUUUAUGAAAAAAAGAAAUAAUAUUUGGGUCUGCACAAAUAACUUUCUCAAUUGGUUCAAAACCUGGGGGAGAGAGAUGGGGAUGUGUAUCAAGCCUCCUUAAAGACCUUUCAACUCUCAAAAAGAAGAGAAAGAGGCUGCAUAGUAUUUGCCCAGAUUUUCCCUUUAAUAUUUCCCAUUAAUUUGCUCCCUGUUUCUCAGAAGAAGUGAGUGGGAUGAUGAGGCAAAGACAAGUCCAAAUUUAUUGCACAAAUGGUACUCCUUUAACACUGAAGGAAAUGUCAGAAACGGGGAAGAAAUGUGCUGUUUUAAAAAUAAGUGAUCAGUACAUACUUGGGGAGUUAACUGAUGAAUGAAAGAGUAUAAUAUGGUGCCAUAAACUGAGCAGUUAAUUCCUGCUGACCAAAGGCUGUAACACUGUAAAUCCAGGGAGUCCCCAGUGAUCACAUCAGACCUACCUUACCUAGAUUUUGUAAAAUCUCAGAUAACUAAAGAAGCACAGAAUGGAGCUCUGGAACUCCACCUUGGGAAGUGACUUCAUCUUGGUGGGGAUUCUGAAUGACAGCAGGUCUCCUGAGCUGCUGUGUGUCACACUCUCAGCCCUGUACAUUUUGGCCCUGACCAGCAAUGGCCUGCUGCUCCCGGUCACUGCAAUGGAUGCCUGGCUCCAGGUGCCCGUGUACCUCCUGCUCAGCCAGCUUUCUUUCAUGGACUUGGCGUUUGCAUCUGUAGUUACUCCCAAAACACUUGUGGAUCAUCUGCUUGGGGAGAACGCCAUCUCCUUUGGGGACUGUGCCUUUCAGAUGUUAGUAGACCUCACCUUGGGAGGUGCAGAGGACCUCCUGCUGGCAUUCAUGGCUUAUGACAGGUAUGUAGCCAUUUAUCAUCCUCUGAACUGCAUGGUCCUUAUGAGGCCAAAGAUCUGCUGGCUAAUCAUGGCCACAUCUUGGAUCCUGGCAGUCCUGAAUGCUGUGAUACACACCUCAUAUACCAUGCACUUUCCUUUCUGCAUGUCCCAGGAAACAAAACACCUGCUCUGCGAGAACUCACCCUUGCUGAAGUUGGCCUGUGUAGAUACCUCCAGAUGUGAGCUCAUGGUGUACAUGACGGGUGUGACCUUCCUCAUACCCACCUUUACUGCUAUCCUUGCCUCCUAUACUUUUGUCCCAGUUGCUACACUCCACAUGUCCUCAGGAGAGGGAAGGCAGAAAGCUCUGAUCAUGGUCUCUUCUCACCUGACUGUGGUAGGAAUGUACUAUGGGACUGCCAUGUUUAUGUAUAUCCAGCCCAGUUUAUACCAUGGACCUCAACAGGACAACAUCCUCUCUCUAUUUUAUACUAUCAUUACUCCAGUACUGAAUCCACUUAUCUAUAGUCUGAGAAACAAGGAGGUAAUGGAGGCCUUCAGGAGAGUACUGGGGAGAUUAACUUCUGUCCAGAGACUGUAGAUGCCAAUGUCAUAUGGAAGCCCUAGUGCCUCUAGAUGAGGCCCCAUAUCUGCUCUUCGUCUUAAGCUAUCUCCUUCCACAUUUUGAUAAUUCUGAAAAUCUAACAAACUGGAGGUAAGUCCUCAUUUGGCCUUAGAGACAAAAUUUUGUCUGCAUCAGCCAUCUGUUUCAAUAGCUAAGGAUGUAUUCAUUCCUCUGAUCAACAUCCCAGGAUCUGCUUGAAAUUCUCAUUCAGAGAUGAUCUUAUUUUUCACUUCAUAUUUUUCUUUCCUCUCCCUACAACAAUCCUAUACCCAAUCA